GUGGUGACUUUGGGAGUGAUUGCGUGUGUUUUCUUCAGUGCGCAGUUUUAAGGCUUGUGAGCUCACGCGCCCCCGUUGUGCCCCAAAAGAGUGCCUCACGGGACAAGUGGAGACACUCUACAGUGACACUCUCCAUAUGCAUUGCAUGGAUUAUUGAUCACAACCGUUGAAUUGCGAAUAACUAAUUCCAGAGGGACGCGAAGAUGCCGGCGGAAGCAGUGAAGACGGCGCCUCCGCCCAAUGUGGGCGCCACUCAGCCGCCACCCGCCGCGGCCGAGACGACGCCCAAGAAGAAGGCCGUGGCGACGUCGGGAAGAGCGGCUCUGGCCAAAGUCACCCUCCUCGACGGUUCAGUUCUCGACGUGACGAUCGAAAGAAAAGCGAAAGGACGCGAUCUGCUGAACUCCAUCUGUGCGGGUCUGAAUAUCAUCGAGAAGGACUACUUUGGGCUGAUUUACAACACAGCCACGGAUCCGCGCACGUGGCUGGAGCUGGACAAGCCCGUGUCGAAGUUCUUCAAGAGCGAUCCGUGGAUUCUGCAGUUUGCUGUGAAGUUCUAUCCUCCGGAGCCGGCUCAGCUGCAGGAGGACAUCACGCGCUACCAUUUGUGCCUGCAAGUGCGCAAUGACAUCCUCGAGGGUCGGCUGCCGUGCUCCUUCAUCACGCACGCCCUGCUCGGCUCGUAUCUCGUGCAGUCGGAAUUGGGUGACUACGAUCCGCAGGAGAUGAAGAGUCGCGCCUAUUUGAAGGACUUCCGCUUUGCGCCCAAUCAGACGCCCGAGCUGGAGGACAAAGUGGUGGAUCUGCACAAGUCGCACAAGGGCCAGACGCCCGCCGAGGCGGAGCUGCACUAUCUGGAGAAUGCCAAGAAGUUGGCCAUGUACGGCGUGGAUCUGCAUCCGGCGAAGGAUUCCGAGGGUGUGGACAUCCUGCUGGGUGUCUGCGCGACGGGAUUGCUGGUGUACAGAGACAAGCUGAGGAUCAAUCGAUUCGCCUGGCCAAAGAUCCUCAAAAUUUCUUACAAGCGUCACAAUUUCUACAUCAAGAUUCGUCCAGGUGAAUUUGAGCAGUACGAAUCCACGAUUGGCUUCAAGCUGGCCAACCAUCGCGCUGCGAAGAAGUUGUGGAAGGCUUGCGUGGAGCAUCAUACUUUCUUCCGCCUUAUGACACCCGAGCCGACGCCCAAGAGCGGCAUCUUCCCGCGCUUUGGCUCCAAGUUCCGCUACUCCGGACGCACGAUGUACGAGACCAGGAAGGAGCCGAUCGACCGUCCGGCGCCGGCCUUCGAGCGCAGCCUCACCGGCAAGAGACUCUCCAGUCGCAGCAUGGACGCUCUAGCGCUGGCGGAGAAGGAGCAGGCAGAGAAGGACAAGAAGCGCCACACAAUGUCUCAUCCUCCGGAUCACAUUCCGGAGUUGGAUUCUCCGAGACAGUCGCGAAGUCCGCUGAAGAAGGAUAAGAAGGAGAAGCUGAAGCGAGAAUCCAGCACUGGAACGGCUUCGGCCUCAUCCCAGAGUUCCCUCGAGGGUGAAUAUGAGACGACAGGUGGAUCGAGUGCUGAUCAGAAACCGGCUGGUGGUGUUUCAGUGCUGCCGACCAAGAAGGAGAGUGAAAAGGAUAAGGGAGAUAAGAAAGCAGCAGCCGUGAAUGGAAACGAAACUGACCCGAAUGACUCUACACUCAAUACGUCUGAUGAAAAGUCACCGACAUCCAAGAGAAGGGGAUUGGGAAUCUUCUCAUCGGGCAGGAAGAAGGACAAGACGCCGCCCAAGGACAAGACGCCACCCAAGGACAAGACGCCACCCAAGGAGGCAGGAAAGAAGAUUGCUGUGGCCGUGGAGACGCCAGCAACUGGCAAGGAACAGACUCAGCAGACGGGCUUCACGAAACCCUACGAGUACACGGAUGAGGAUCCCAAUGUGAGCCCGUCGAGGAAGAAUUACACUCAGGGUGGCUUCAGAUAUGACCAAGAUCCGACAGUGAGGGCGAAGGAUGCUGCCAAUGAUGGGCAAUUGAGUCCCAACUCACAGGCAAGACGAGCCACUGGCCUGGCGUUCAAUUAUGCUCCUGGUGAGGAUCAGAAGUUGAAGGAGGAGGCGGUGAAGAGGCAGACAGGCGGAGAAUUGUCGCCUAAGACAAGGGAGAAGCUCGCCCGUGGCGAAUUGUCGCCCAAGACGAGGGAUAAGUUGCUGAAGGAGGGCAAUUUGUCGCCUAAAACCAAGCAGAAGUUGCUAGAGCCCAUCAAGAUUGGGGCAGGAGGAUCGUAUUCGCCGAACAAGGAUGCUGCUGCGGCUGCUGGCAAGGAAACAGGGCCGGCGGGAACAUACAAGACUCUGCAGGAUCCCAAUGCGGCGCUCCUAAAUGCUGAGAGACAAGCCGGCGGAAGAGCGGCUCCUGUGGCAGCAGCGGCGGCGGCGGCGAAACCGCCGGCUGAGCCGAAGCGAAAGAAGGUGAAGAUCAUGGUGGUGGUGUCGAAGUUGGAUCCCAAGACGAAGAAGAUGGAUCCGGCGUCAGGAACAGUGGAGCACAGCACUGGGAUCUUGGACACUGAGACGGGGAAGAUUGAGUCGAAGUAUGGCGUGAUUGAUCCCAAGAAGGCCACUCUUGAGGCCCUGGACGAGAGGACGGGCAAAGUGGCGACGCAUCAGGGCACAAUUGAGCCCAAGUCCGGACAUAUUCACUUGACUUCGGGUGUGAUGAAUCCAGACACGGGCCGAAUUGACGACAGUCUCGGCGGUGUGAUUUGUGUGGCGCCUGUGGACAAUCCCACGAUGGAAGUGACAGCGAUCACGGGCAAACUGGAUCCGGCCACGGGGAAGGUGGACACGGUCAAUGGGGAUGUGGAGCGGUCGAAGGGGGUGUUCAAUGUGCAGUCGGGCUUCAUUGACACCAAGUAUGGUCAGCUGAAUCCCAAGACGGGCGAGGUGAGAACACUUGAUCCCAAGUCUGGCAAGGCGCAGGCCAGGAAGGCCACUGUGGAUCCCGUCACGGGGCAGAUCACGGUGGCUGGUGUGGUUGAUCCCAAGACAAACAAAGUGGAUCCCAAUUUGGCGCACUUGAUUGCCAUUGGGAAUCACCUGGAGCCCGUUGUGGAGGUCGUCGGGGUGGCUGGGAAGGUGGACAAGAAGGGCUUGAUCGAUCCAAAGACCGCCACUGUUGAGGCGUCGACGGGUCAGGUGAAUCCGGACACUGGGAAGAUUGACACGAAGUACGGACAGUUUGAUCUGGUGAAGCACACCGUGACCUUUGUGGAUCCCAAGACGGGCAAGACCGAGGUGAAGGAUGCCAAGAUUGAUCCGGUGACGGGUCAAAUCUUGCUGAAGAAUCAGGUGAAUCCGAAGAGUGGGAAGCCCGAGAAGGACUUUGGGCGCCUGAUCUCGCUCAGGAUUGUGCAGACGCGACUUGACCCGGCCACGGGCAAGGUUGUGCCGGCUGAGGAGAUCAAGGACGCCGUGGUGGAUCCGAAGACCAAUCAAGUGUGGGUUCUCGCUGGCAAGGAUCCGAAGAGCGGCGAAGCGCUGUACACAUCGAGUCAAGUGGAUCCCAAGACGGGCUAUGUCAUCACAAUCUACGGGUAUCUCAACAAGAAGACCAAUGAAAUUGAAAAGCAGACUAAGGUGGAUCCCAAUCUGACCAAGGUUGACCCUGCCAAUGGGCAAGUGUUCGCUGCCACAGGUGAGAGAGAUCCCGCCACGGGAGAGCCGCUGUUCAGCGCCUCCCAGGCGGAUCCGGAGACCGGAGAUGUGUACACGAAGGUGGGCAAGGUGGACCCGAAGACGGGCAAAAUCAUCCUCGUGAAGGUGGUGUUGGUGACGAAGAAGGAUGAGCGCGGGAAGCCGAAGGAGCUGAAGCCGGAGGAGUGUGAAAUUGAUCCGGAGACAGGCAGAAUUAGCAAUGUGUUCAGCAAAACUGUCUAUGUGUACAACAUGGUGGAUCCCAUCACUGGUGAGAUCAUUGAAGUGGAUCCCAAUGAUCCGCGCGUUGCUGGUGCCAGGACGACUGUUGUCCAAACCAUGUCGCUCACCGGUGAGAUUGAUCCGGUGACGGGACGCAUUCGGACCGAAUAUGGCCUUAUUGAUCCCAACACGGGUGACAUUGACCCGGCCACAGCAGUGACAGAUCCCGUCACGGGCAAGAAGAUCCUCAACUACACCCAAAUCGAUCCGGCGCACUUCGGCAAGGAGGUGACCACCACCAAGGAGACCGUGCCCAUCACGCGCGAGCAGUUCUUCGAGGGCAUCAAGCAUCUGCCGCGCGACGCGCUGCGACGCGACAGCGAGGCCAGCUCGGAGGGCGACGUUGCGCAGUACGCCAGCGAUGGGACGGGCGUGAAGGAGAUCGCGGGACAGAAGCUGGGCAAGUACGUGACGCCGCCGACGGUGGUGAAGACCACGACGAAGCAGGUGCUGACUAGGGAUGAGGGCGGCGUGACGCACGCCGUAGAGGAGGAGAUCCGCAAUCUGGGCACCGGCGAGGUCACAUACAAUACGCAGGAGCAUAAGGCUGACGCACCCACAGACGAUACGUCAGGCGCUUAUGUGACUGCCACGGCUGUCACGACGCGCACGGCCACGACGCACGAGGACCUGGGCACGAAUGCCAAGACGCAACAGCUGGAGGAGAAGACGGUCGCCACGACGCGCACCCACAAUCUCAACCGGCAGGAGCAGCGAGUCGUGACGCAGGAGGUGAAGACCACGGCCACAGUGACGAGUGGCGAUCAGUAUGGUCGCCGAGAUAGUGUCUCGUCGGCGAGCUCAGGCGACUCUGGGACGCCCAUCGACGGACCGUUCGAGGGCCCAACGAAGCCCUACCAGGGCGACCCCAAUGUGCCAGCCGUGCCACGAGUGCCACCCAACACGGAGCAGCAGCGCGUGACCGUAGACCAGGACGAGUACAAUGAGCAGGGAGAGAUCAUUUCCUCGCAGACCGUCUCCAGCAAGACGAGGACCGUGGAAACAAUCACGUACAAAACCGAGCGAGACGGCGUCGUGGAGACUCGAGUGGAGCAGAAGAUCACGAUUCAGUCUGACGGCGAUCCAAUUGAUCAUGACAAGGCGCUGGCCGAAGCCAUUCAAGAGGCCACAGCCAUGAAUCCCGACAUGACGGUGGAGAAGAUCGAGAUUCAGCAGCAGACGCAGUAAAGCUGAAAACUCAGUGUGUGCUUUUUGUCGGGCUGGGAUUUAAGAUGGGAAAAAUAAUCACAAGAUGUGCAGAAUUGAGAAGUGAAAAACAUAAAAUAUGUUUUGUAGGUGUGUUAAGAUUUAAAAGAAGAAGAAGAAGAGAAAAAAAGGAGGUGAACCUAAAAGGUGCACCACAAUAUUUAUCUCGUAAGAUGAAGAAAUGAGAGCGAGUUGUAAGGAAUUCAUUUUUUUUUUGUAAGUGUCUCUUAAAGAUGAAGACAUCUUUUUCCUCAAAAAGAAAAAAAAAUCAUUAAUUCAGAGAAGAAUGAAAAAGAAAAUUCAGUGUUUUUCGCUUGAAAAGUGGAAGAAAAUGGCAAAUGUGGCGCUUCGAAAGGAGAAAAAAAAAACUUGAAGUUGAAGAAGUGUUAAAUGUGCUUUGUGAGGAGAAGAAGAAGCUUUUGUCGCCUGAAAUUCUACCCUUUUCUCACCAUCUUUCAAAAACCUUUCAGAAGAAAAUCUGCGAUGAAAUUGACCCAAGUGUUCAAUAAAAACAUUUUUAAAAUGAAAAAUAUAUUGCUUGUAAAAUUGACAUAUUUUCGAUGAAUUAUAAAAUGAGAAAGAGAAAAAAAAUGACAUGGAGAAAGAAUUAUAAGAUUAUUAGGAUGAAUAGAAGUAAAAUAUUUUUAAUGAAAAUUAAUGCAAUGAAAUCACAACUAAAAUGCGCCUGAAUUUUAAAGAAUUUUGCACUGAAUUCAAUUUCUUCCUCUGUUAAAGUGAGAUUGUUUUCUGUUUUCGGAUUUUUUCUACCUCUUCACUUUCACUUUGUCUUUAUGUUUUUUUUUUACAACAUUAACAUUCCAUAAUUUCAUUAAUAUCUUAUUGUUUUUUUUUUGCCACAUCUAAAUCAUGAGAACUUUUGUCUUCUAUCUUUACUUUUUUUUUGUUCGUUUAAGUAUAAUUUAGUGUUUCUUUGUGAGAAGAAGAAAAAAAAACAGAGAAACAGAAUUGAGAGGAAAUUAUCUUGUAUUAUCAUUUUUUUCAUGUAUUUUCUUGCUGUAAUUUUCAAGUUAAAAUAAAAGUAAGAUAUACUUGUCAGUUUUUGUCAAUGUUAUUUUGCAAUAUCAAGUCUCUGCUUAGAGAGUGAGAAAAAACAAGAAGAGUGGAAAUAAACUCGAUUUAUUGCUAAGAAGAUAAGAAGAAAGCGUUUUUUUUUUUGCGAGAAAAUGACGAAAACUAUUCUAAAUGUAAUUUAUACAAUUUGUAGGUAACACAAGAGCAAGUGGGCGAAUUUUGGAAAAUUUUUUAUGGUCCCAAUCAGAUAUUGGAUUGAAUUUGCAUAAAAUUGACGUCUUGGCAUAAUGAAUUCAAAAUUUGCCAUGCCAGGUCGUUUCUUAAAUCUGUUACUUACCUAUAAGUCAGUCGGGAUUUUUUUUUUCUCUCGUUCCUUUUUCCUUGAUUUUUCCUUAUUUUACUCAGAAAUUCACAUGAGUGUUUUUGAGUCGCUUUCGCAUGAAUCAACCAUAUGUUUUACCCAUUUUACCAGCAAACUACACUUUGGGCUGAAUAAAUGAUUAUUCUCAAACAAAUUACCACACAAAAUGAUUCUGAUGUUUCUAUUUACUAAUCAUCGGAUCUUAAGGAGUCCACAGUACGGAAAAGGUCGUAUAACAGGGUAAGUUUUCCCGCGUCUUUUCUCAAUAAAACAAUAAAAUGUCUCUAUUCACACUUUGUAUAUGAAUUCACGCGAAAAAAUUGUUGUGCAUUUGAAACGUGGCGUCGAAAGAACAAUUUUUGCAGGCAAUUGAUUUGCAGAUUCUAAAGGAAUCUAAAGGAUCUUCUUCGGGAUUUCUCACCAGCAGUCCAACAGCCAUAGAAACCAUAACGUAAAUAACCAUAUAUCGUUUUGAAAGGACCAAAAGAUAGACUUCAACACCAAUUUUUCACCACUCAAAAAAACGCAACCUUGAACGUAACGCAGGAGAGAAAGAAAAGACGUGAAGAGUUUAUCUUUUGCACGGUUUUUUUUUCACUUGUUUUUCACUUCUUGGUGUGUGUGUAUUUAUACAAAUUAUCCGUUACAAAUGUCCAAGUAACAAUUUGUAGUUUUGUAAUUCCUAUAUUCAUACUCAAUAAAAAGUAUAUAAUAAUAUAUAUAAAAUAAUUGUUUUGAUUACACAACAUUGUUUUUUUUUAUCAUCUUUACACAUCUUAAGAGGACACGAUAAUAUUUUUUUUUGUAAUUCAUUGUAAAAUUUAUAGGUUUUUUUUUAGAUUUUUCCUCACUUAUAUAAUGAAGGUACACAUUUCUAUCAAUAUAAAUGUUUCUUUUCCGCCAUUUUUCCUGCUGCUCUCAUUUCCUCAAUCAAUUCUAUCCAGCAUGACUGCAUAAGAAAAAUUCUGUGUGUGUUUGUGCUGGAGAUUUGACAAGACAAAAUUAUACACAUUUCUUUUUUUCUUCUUCCUUCUGAAUUGGGGGAAAA